GCAUGAACACCGGAUUCACUUGGAGGCACCUGCUCCACCUCUUCAUCUCAGUGGCUUAUCCACCUCAACCAGUCGCAGUCAAUGCAGUCCAUGUCCAGUACAGCCACCUAACUGACCCCCCACUACCCAAUCGCCCCGUUCAAGUCCACCAUCACCUCGCCCAAUUCUGUACUUCUAGAACUCCAAGACCUGUCUCACACUCCGCAGAAGUUUGUUGCAACUUGUCUCAUCCGCCAAAUUUUGGCUUCAAUUGUUGUUGCAGGAGUUGGCUGGAAGUUGCUUGCAGUUGUUGAUCUGUUACAUUUUGCAGAGGUAGUGCGAGAAGCGUCGACAUGGCCGCCGCAAGUCAAGUUCAGUUGGAUGUGACCAUUAGGAAGCAGUCCAUGGUGCGUCCCAGUGAACCGACACCAGAGAGAAUACUCUGGAACUCAGGUUUGGACCUUGUCAUUCCUAGAAUCCACACGCAGAGCGUGUAUUUUUACAACAACAAUGAUGGAAGUGACGAUUUCUUGAACCAUGAGAAGCUUGCGGAGGCGCUGGGCAAGACAUUGGUGCCAUUUUACCCCAUGGCUGGCCGACUGAAACGGGGGGAAGGAGGAAGAGUCGAGAUUAACUGUAAUGGAGAAGGAGUGCUUCUUGUCGAAGCUGAAGCAGAUGCUAAGAUUACUGAUUUCGGCGAGUUUGCUCCAGACCCCCGUUUUCGCCACCUCGUUCCUCAAGUGGACUACUCCCAAGAGAUAUCUUCGUUUCCGCUUCUGGUUCUCCAGAUCACGUUCUUCAAAUGCGGUGGUGCGUCGCUAGGAGUGGGCAUGCAGCAUCACGUUGCAGAUGGCAUGUCUGGCCUUCACUGCGUCAACACAUGGUCGGAGAUGGCGAGAGGGAUCCCUCUCAAAGUUAAACCGUUUAUUGACCGCACGUUGUUGAAGGCGAACUCCCCUCCUAGACCCAUGUUUCCUCACAUUGAGUACCAACCUCCGCCCAGAUUAAUGAAACCUGAGAAUUCUAAGUCGAAUGGUAAUGGUCAUUCAAACGGCCAUUCAAAUGGUCUCGCAAAUGGACAUGCAAAUGUUCACGCCAAUGGACUUGCUAAUGGUCACGCAAACGGCCAUUCCAAAGGCCACGCGAAUAAUUAUUCCAAUGGUCACCACACCAACGGAAUGGAGAUUACGAAUGGAGCCUUUCACACAAACGGGAAUGGGAAUGGUGUCGUCAACGAUUCUCAUGUUGCAAACAGGAAGAGCAACGGAGCUCAUAUGGAGAACGGCAACGGCAAUGGUAACGGAGACUUCAACGAGAACCAUGAAAAACAAGGCAGUGGAAAUGGCAACAGUGUCUGUGCUGGAGGCGGUCACAAUCAUGCUAAUGGCAACGAAAACCAAAGUGCAGUGCAGUUGAACGUCAAGAAGAUGACGAAUGGCGUUCACAAUAGCAAUGGUUCCACCAACGAAGAGGCUAAAGACGAGGACCUGCCCAUGGCUGUGCGUGUCUUCCGAUUCACCAAAGAGCAAUUGGCCACUUUGAAACGAAUGGCAGUGGAGGAGAAGGCCGAUGUGACCUUCAGCAGCUACGAAAUGCUGUCAGGCCACAUCUGGAAAUGCAUCACGCAAGCUCGGAAGUUGGCAGAGUCUCAAGAAACCAAGCUUUUCGUCGCAACCGACGGCCGGUCGCGGCUCAAUCCGCCACUUCCGAAGGGCUACUUCGGCAAUGUGAUCUUCACUUGCACUCCUAUUGCAACGGCUGGGGAGUUGGUAUCAAAUCCAAUAACAUAUGCUGCGAGAAAGAUUCAUGAUUCGUUGGCGAGAAUGAAUGAUGAAUAUUUGCGAUCUGCACUUGACUACCUGGAGACGCAAGAGGAUAUCAGCAAACUCGUCCGCGGCGCACACCACUUCAAUUCUCCAAACCUGGGGAUCACCUCCUGGGCGCGAAUGCCCACUUACGACUGCGAUUUUGGCUGGGGGAGACCGAUUUUCAUGGGACCAGCUACAAUAGCCUAUGAAGGAUUGGUGUAUGUGUUAGCCAGCCCUGUCAACGACGGAAGCUUGAGCCUGUCCUUGGGCUUGAGAUCCGACCACAUGGACACAUUUGCCAAACUAGUGGCAUCCUUCUAAAGUCUUCAUCUUUUACACUUGAACUGGGUUACAAAUCUCAUAAAUACACAAUUUUAUCGCUGGCUAAUAUGAAUCAAGUUUGGGUUGCAGCGCACGUAUGAAUCACAGCUGUGAUUCAUCUGGUAAUGCGUUAUUCUCACAGGUGUCCCUUGGGAGACGAUGUCCUCUUAACAUACCUCCCCAACCAUGGAUUCCAGAUCCUGUAAGCCGCAUUGGACCCACCCAAAAUUCGUAACAGAUCUCAGUAGCUGGACCCUGAUUCCUCCAGUUGACACCGUCUUCUCCCCCUCCUUUUGUCUACUGUUAACCUAAUGCUUCGAUGGCGACGAUGAUCAAGUCAAAUUUGAUCCAGAGCUUCUGCAGUGAGCUCCCCAUACACAGCCUCCAACCAGAUGAAAGCUAACAAGGGCUCCUCCUCUCCAUGUACAUAUCCAACAUCCUUAAGUAAUUCUGAUGUCUGGACCUGGGGUUGCCAAACAUUUGAAUAGGAUAGCUACACUUCUGCAUUAGAGUGCAUUAUAGAAUUGGGUUCAGCUAUUGUACCUUUUUUUUCAUACAACUGUGUGUCUCAUUCUCAUUGUCAUCCACUUAUAUGGAAUCUGCAUGAACGUCAAAUAUUGACCUUCCAGAUGUUCAAUUAAUCAUGGUAAUAUAUUUACCACAAUGUCAAUUUGAAUCAAAAACCUCAAGUUAUUUGAGUAUGGAUUACACAGUU